UUAACAGCUGAGACAAUUCAACUUGAUAAAGAUGGUGAAAAUUUUCAAAAUUCCAAUGAAGCUAAAGAACAAGGUGAUCUUGUUGACUUUGGGUGGGCCAACAUUGGAAGUUUUGAUGAUCUUGAUCAGAUUUUCAGCAAUGAUGACUCCAUCUUUGGCCAUGCAAGUCUUGGUAACACUGACGAGCUAUGGUCUUCUUCUAGAGAUGCAACUACAAGUCCAAUCAAAGCCUUUCCUGUAUCUUCAGACUCACCAAGUUUCACAUCAGGAGCACUAAGCAAUGCAUCUGAGAAAUUGGAAAUUAAAACAGAAUAUGCCCAGAAAGAUGACGAGUCAAUCACCCCUGGCUAUGGAAAGACGAAUUAUUCUGCAUCUCAUGGUCUGCAGAAUGCACAUUUGAUUCUUGAUCAUGUGGAAUAUGCUGGUGGUAAAAGUAAGCCCAUGGCAAAGGAACAGACAGAUUUGGACAUGGGAAAAAGCACUCUGACAAAUUCUUACUUGAUUGCUGAGAAUUCUUCUACCCCAAAUGAAAUAGCUAAUAAGGGUUCUAGACUCAGAAAAAUUAUGAGGGGUCGCAGAAAGUUGGAGGAGAAAAGUGAGGAGAAAUCAUUGCAAGAUUUUUAUGGCACAUGGCCUUCAUCAAGAACCCCUUCUGGACAUUCUGAGAACCAAUUGGCACACUUCAUGCUACAAUCUUCUCCUUCUUCAGAGCUCAGCCAGAAGAGACAGCUUCAAGGACCUGAGUCUUUUCCAUACCAACAUAUCUCAAACCAAUAUGUGGCCCAGUCUAUGUAUGGGAACCUCACUAAUCCAAACCAUGCUACAUACGUGCCGUCUCACAUUCAGCCUGGGGAGUUGAAGCAUCAACAUUGUUUUUCUAGUUAUGAAGUUUCUCCUGGGAGUGCAAGGGCUAUAAACAAGUCAGCAGAUACUUCUGUGAAGCCUCUGACCAUGACUCCUCAAGAAAAAAUUGAAAAGUUAAGGAGGCGGCAGCAACUACAGGCAAUGCUUGCCAUUCAGAAACAACAGCAACAAUUUAGUCAUCAAAUCUGUAGUACCAAUCAUUCUACCACUCAAAAAUGUCCUCAAGAAAAUAAAAUUCAGCAUUUUGAGAAAGCUGAUCUGGAAGUUGAAGGCUUUAGCACUCUUCCUUCUCUGGACCCAAACUCAUCCGCAGAACAAGAUGAUUCUGGUAUGGUUUCUGCAGCAGUUGAUGAUUACUCAACGGAGGAUACAAUACUUUACAGGCUUCAAGAUAUUAUAUCAAAGUUGGACAUCAAAAUAAGACUUUGCAUACGGGAUAGCUUGUUCCGGUUGGCUGAAAGUGCAAUGCAAAGGCAUUAUGCUAUUGAUACUAGCAGUUCAAACAAAACUAGCAAGGAUGAGGAUGAAGUCGUUGCAAAGGAGGACACCAAUAGUCAUAACAGGCAUGGUAGGAUGCUAGAUGUCGAAACAGAGACCAAUCCCAUAGAUCGAAUCGUGGCCCAUUUGCUCUUCCAUAGGCAUUUGGAUUUAUCGGAGAAACAUACUGACGCACCUGAAUCACCUGUUUCUUCUAAGUUGACAUGUGAACACAAAGCAGGUUUAUUUAACGUGUCGAAUGAAUGCUUGCCAGACAGUUUGAAGAACAAACAAUGUUCUCCUCGUCAGGGAUCUACAAAUUAUUGCCCAUUGGGUGAGCCCCAUUCUUCGGACCUGUUUAAAAAAGGUCCUUUGAUGGGCAACUCAGAAAACGCAUCUAACAAUGGUCCGACACAUGGUGGAGCUAUGAAGGCUGAAGCCUCUCUGUGAACAAAUAUGUGUCGCAUAAUUUGAUAAGGCCAACCACGAUCUUCAUCAAGUGUGGUCAUGGAGCUUUCGGCAACACUAUCGAUGGGGAGUAUCCUAUAAAUGAAUGCGCUUCAUAAAAAGGUUGCAUGUUUCAAGACAAUGUUCAGUAUAAGUAGUUAUGUACGUGUCAACUGUCAUAAGAUUGGCUAAAGUGCCUCACAUAUACGAGGCCAUACCUUGCUACCUGUGUGAGUAACUAUGUAUGAAGAGUUGGAGCUGCAUAUUUAGCUAGUAUUUCAGCUCCUAACAAAUUUAUGCGUUCAACUUGCAAAAAUAAAUCCAGAGGUAAUAUGUCCUUAGAUAAAGUAAAUAUCUUAGAUUGUUAAAUAAGAUAUGAAUACUUGAUUUACAUUGUCCAGCUGCACAAACGACAAGCUAGUUUUUCGGU